AUGGCGGAUAUUACUGAAGAUAUUAUUAUUAUUCUGCUCUUUGUCGUCAGAGGGUCAGUAACUGUGGUACGAAAUCGAAUACACUGUGCCUCACCAUCAACAGAGGGAAGAACAAGGUUCAACACCAACGCAUCUAACGACACAUCCAUCACAUUAAAAAGCGAGGCGCUGGGGGAGGUGGACAGCUUCACCCAACUCGGCAGCAUUUUGAACAACCAUGGAGGAACGGAUGCAGACGUCAGAACCCGCAUCGAAACCUGGAGGACAACUGUAACCACUGAUACGAAAAUACAUGCCUUCAUCAACACCUACCACAGAAAGAUACUCAAGAUCCGUUGUCCAGACAAGAUCCCCAACGAAAAUAUAUGGAAAAGAACAAGGAAGCAGCCCGUUGAAGAAGACAUCCUUCAGAAACGCGAGGAAUUGUACACCAGUCCGCGUCAUUACGUAUUGAAUCUGAACCAGUCCGGAUGGCACGAUGCGAAGGAGAUUUGCGAACUUAGGGGAGGACGUCUGGCCACGCUGUACGAUAUCGCCACACUGCCAGACCUUGAACUUCAGCCAGCCAUGUCGGGGACUGACGGUCUAAUUUGGAUCGGGCUGCAAAGAACGUCCAGUGUCACCGUGAACUGGUCGUGGCAGUACCCGGAAGACAAGGUCACGUGGUAUAACUGGCACUAUCAAGGGACAGAUGGCAUACUCAGUGACGUCGAAUGUGUCGCCGUCUCCGUAUCGAGUCCGUAUGGUUGGCAUGUUACAGAAUGCUCCAGACGACUGCCACAUCUGUGUCAGUACAAAGACGAAGGGCGAUGCCAAUUCCGUGCGUUUGAGAACUGGACCAUUACCGCGUACAACUAUGUAUACAUGUACCAGAAGACGUUGGAAGACUGCAAGAAGUUCUGCAUCCAGGAAGCCGGUAACACCUGUCAGUCCUUUGAUUACCGCCCCAAUGACGGCAUCUGCCAGUUCAACAGCGGCAACCGCUGGACACUUGCUGACUACUACGCCUUCACAAACGGCUGGGUGUACUAUCACCGCACGUGCAAUUCAGGCGAAGUAACUGGAGAGUUGUCAAUUUUUCCAAGUUCCGCAAUGGAUAUUACUUCUACAUAUUUUUCCCAAAGUCCAGACGAUUGGGAGAUAAACGGAAUCUCAGUUUCCACAUCGCGAACGAAACCCGUUCUAAUUUCGUCAUUCAACGACGUCACACGGACACCAUACACGGCAAUUACACACGACGUCAUAAUUACACACACUGUUCUUGUCACACAGAACGUAUACAACACUCACAACGUGACGUCAACGGUAACCGAAUACAUGACGUCAUACGUCACUGUUGUUCAAACUUCAACUACAGUGGUCCAAUGGACGCCGAUAUCAACAAACAUUAGCGAAGAAAACUAUACUGAUCCGGUGCAUGGGCUCAGAGAGAUGGGAGAGCAAGCAAUGGAGAGGAAGAAAGCGAUGACUAAGAUAAGCGUGUACGAAAAGCGAGCUUCCGCAAAAUUCAUGGGCUAUGUGGCCAUCAUAUUCAUUGUCUGUAGCGUUGGAAGUUUAGUGGUGUUUGACAUGUUAUCCAUAUGUCAGAAAGUGAAAUGCUGCAAUGCAAAACACGGCCAACGCAUUGCUUACCGCAAGAAAGGUUCAAUUACGAAAAGAGAAAAUCGUAAAGCGACUAAUGAUAUGAACAGACAGAAAUAUAACGGCGAAAACGAGAGGGGAGCAAGAGACGACGGCGCUGAAAUGUGGGGUCAGUGACAUUGAAUAUAGCUGACCAGUAAAACAAACGAAUGUUGUGGACAAAUGCACGCAUGAUGAUAAACGCGCAUCAAUGUUGUUUUAGGAUAGAAUUACAAAAUCGGAUAUUGGUCACAAACAAACUGGCUGUCGGAAAUAGAACCUAUAACGUGUCCAUCAAAGACGAAGUGUGCGGCGUGGUCAAGACCACAGUAAUGCUUCGGAGACCGAUGGCAUUUCAACUUAAGCACGUGAUCAUAUUGGUCACCUGGGUUGCGAUAUUCAGUAAUGGUGUAUGCGGACACGAAGUUGUCAGUUACUUGUGAGCGCUGGACAAAAAGAAAUUACAUACUUCUGACAUUAUUUUUUGCUAUACAAGGCCAUAGACUAUCGGUCAGCCAAUUUUAGUCCCAGAAAAUAAA